GCUGCGAGUGCCGCGAGGGGGAAGAAGCAGAGAGGAACCCCCCCUCCCACCGGGCGCCCGGGCGUGUGAGCGUAGGCGGCGGGGAGCUGAGCGGCUGCCCCCCCCCCCCCCCUCCUCUCGCGGCGCUCCCGGGUGUGCGGGAGUGCGAGUGCGUGUGUCUCCUUCGCUCCUCUCGCACACGCUCCGCUCCGGCACCAGUGCGGGCGGCGAGCGGUGGCUCCCGACUCGCUCGCUCCUGCCGCUGCGCUCCCGCCGGGCCGCCGCCGCCUCUGCAGUCGCAGCAGGGCAUGGACCCGCCCGGACGGGACCACGCUGCCCCCGCCUCCCGGAGCUGCGCUUCGGGUCCCGCCUGAGCCGCGCCGCGCGCGGGGUGCCGCCGCCGGCGGGGGAUGGGGCUGCCCGGGAGGCGCGCCGAGCCCGCAGGGGGAGCGCGGAGCCGGCGCGCAGCGUGAGAGCCAGCAGCCCGCGCCGGGCCGGUCCCUUCCGUGCGCACGGCGCGCCCCUGUCGCCUCUGCCGCCGCUCGCGCCCCGAUGGCGCCAUCGCCCCGGCGCCACUGACCGCCCCGCGCCGCCAGCCGGGCCCGCGCGGCCCCCCUCCGAGCCCGCCGGCCAGGGAGCGGCCUGAAGCUCCCGCGCCCGCCCGCCCGCCCCGCCAUGGCGCCGCGGCGCCUCCUGCUGCUGCUGCUCCUCUCACCCGAGUUCCUGGACCUGCUGCCCGGCGCCCACGGCGCUCGCGGCCGCGCUGCCAACCGGACCCUGAGCGCCGGCGCCCCUGCCGUCGGGGGCCGGCGGCCCGGGGGCGCCCUGGCCCGGGGCGGCCGCGAGCUGAACGGCACCGCCCGGGCGUCCGGCGUCCCAGAGGCGGGGAGCCGGCGGGGACAGCCCGCGGCGGCGGCGGUGGCGGCGGCGGCGGCUGCCAGCGCGGCCGUCACCUACGAGACGUGCUGGGGCUACUACGACGUGAGCGGCCAGUACGACAAGGAGUUCGAGUGCAACAACAGCGAGAGCGGCUACCUGUACUGCUGCGGCACCUGCUACUACCGCUUCUGCUGCAAGAAGCGCCAUGAGAAGCUGGACCAGCGCCAGUGCAACAACUACCAGAGCCCCGUGUGGGUGCAGACGCCCAGCACCAAGGUGGUGUCGCCGGGGCCCGAGAACAAGUACGACCCGGAGAAGGACAAGACCAACUUCACCGUCUACAUCACCUGCGGGGUGAUCGCCUUCGUCAUCGUGGCCGGCGUCUUCGCCAAGGUCUCCUACGAUAAGGCCCACCGCCCGCCGCGGGAGAUGAACAUCCACAGGGCUCUGGCUGACAUCUUGAGACAACAGGGACCAAUCCCCAUAGCACACUGUGAAAGAGAAACGAUCUCGGCCAUCGAUACCUCCCCCAAGGAGAGCACGCCGGUCAGAUCGUCCUCCAAAAACCACUACACCCCCGUGCGCACAGCCAAGCCGCCUCCAGGACAUUAUGGGAAGGAUGCUUACCGAAGUGGAGGAGCUGAUCUCCAUAACUUCAUCUCAUCCGGAUUUGUCACAUUAGGAAGAGGACACACGAAGGAGAAGCCACGAAUGAACAACAUCCUGACAUCAGCCACUGAGCCCUACGACCUCUCCUUCUCCCGCUCCUUCCAGAACUUGGCCCACCUGCCCCCAUCCUACGAGUCCGCAAUGAAGAGCCACCCCAGCAAGUACUCUUCCCUGAAGAGGCUAACCGACAAGGAGGCUGACGAGUAUUACAUGAGAAGGCGGCACCUGCCCGACCUGGCGGCCCGCGGCACCCUCCCCGUCAACGUCAUCCAGAUGUCCCAACAGAAGCCCUUGCCCCGCGAGAGGCCGCGCCGGCCCAUCCGCGCCAUGUCGCAGGACCGGGUCCUGUCCCCGGAGCGGCGCCUGCCCGACGAGUUCCGCAUGCCCUACGACCGCAUCCUGUCGGACGAGCAGCUGCUGUCCACGGAGCGCCUGCACUCCCAGGACCCUCUGCUGUCCCCCGAGCGGACGGCCUUCCCGGAGCAGUCCCUGGCCAGGGCCAUCUCGCACACGGACGUGUUCGUGUCCACGCCCAUGCUGGACCGCUACCGCAUGACCAAGAUGCACUCCCAUCCCAGUGCCUCCAGUAACUCCUACGCCACGCUGGGCCAGAGCCAGACGGCGGCCAAGCGCCAGGCCUUCGCCUCGCGCAGACACAACACGGUGGAGCAGCUGCACUACAUCCCCGGCCACCACACCUGCUACAGCGCCAGCAAGACCGAAGUGACCGUGUGACCCCCUGGACAGGCCGGGCGACUGGCAGAGCAGGGCAGGCAGGAGGGGCCUGGGGCAGAGCUUCUAGCCCCCUGGGCUCCCUUCCCUUGUUCCUUCCGCAGGAGGUGGGGGUGGGCUAUCUUCACCCGAAAGCCAUACUCCCCAGCACAGCAGGGCACAGCAGGUGGCCUGGCACAGCUGCACAGACCUGGGAUCAGGGCAGUCACUCCCUCUCCCAGGAGAGUCCGGGAGUGAGGAGCGGGACUAAGCCCAGUCAUCCCCGCCCCUCCCCCAGCAAUCCUUCCAGUUCCACGUCCUCUCUCCCUUCCUGGGGCUCAGCUGCAGGCCUGUCAGCCAGGAGGCCCUGGCCUGACCCCAGCGGAAGCUGCCUGGGUUUGAACUGGCCAGCGGGUGCAGUCAGUGGCUGACCGCAUAGGCUACUCGGCCUCAUUCAUUUACCUAGAACUGCACCACAGGAAUCUUCUAGUGCCUAAAACUGCCUACGUGCUCCGGAGCAAGGGAGCUGCUGUGUCCAUAAGCACAAUACCGAUCUCCUCGGCCUGCUGGACUCGGACCCGCUGAGUGGCCCUUCCUUUGCUGAGCCCCUGAGGCCCCACCCUGAACCCUGCCCCUCCUCCAAGCCCUGGAUGAGGGACUCCCCCAAGUCCCUUUCUUCUGCUGCCUCCCCACUGUUGGGAAGCCUGCCCAGUUCCAGCUGCCUGCCCCACCCACAGGGUCCCCGCUCCUCUUCUGGGGGGACUUAGCCUCAGAUGUUCCACCCUGAAUUCCCCGGGGCCUUGCCCCAGCCCCCUCAGAAGAGGGUACCUAGGAGGUGUAGGGGCUGUUGGGACACUCGCCCUAGCAACUGGUUAUCUCCACACUUCCUCCAGGCCUCUAGGUCUGAACUAUGACCCACCACUCAGGCCUGCCUUCCCCUCCCCUACACUGCCCCCUGGAGGCUUCUGCCAUGGCCAGACAGCUGCAGGUGGGGAGGCCACUGUGACGCCCAAGGUCUCAGGGGCUGCUGUUCCCAUCAUCCAGGGCUCCCCCUGUCUCCCAGCAUGAAGGUCAGACAGGAGGAGACAGCGGCUUCUGAAGAAGGGCAGCCCCGCACCCCCUCCCCAUCAAGGAGGGCAUGCGUGGUAGUCCUGGACCUCAUCCACUCCUCCGUCCCCAUCACUGCCCACCUCCUGACCCCAUCUUGGUGUGGAAUUUGCUCUCUGCCUGUUUCCAGCCCCCCCACCUCCUGCAGCUCCAUCAUUCUCUCCUGGCUGCUGCUUCUUCAGACCAGUGCCUCCUCUGGGUCAAAGGGACAGAGGCUCAGUAGCAAAUGCAAAUAAUGGUACUCCAGGGAUUGGUCUGGGGCUAACUGGGCUGCACCCCAGUCUCUCCCCUGCAGGGGACACAGGCCCCAGGCAGAUCGACUCCCUCAGCUCUGUUGGGGGGUCAGCUCCUGCCGGCCUAUCUCAGCCCCUUCCUUGCCUCCAGAUGGGGGAGGGCAGGGUGUGACCGCCUCCUGGAGACUGGACGGUGAGCUAAGCAGCAUCCACUCCCUCAAGACCAGAGCCAGUGGGGAGAGAAGGGGCUCCCCCAUUCUCAGGGCCAGGGCACCUCCCUGGGCUGGGGCUGGGGAAAUCAGCUCCAAACUAUUAGGAGAAGGUCUGAUACUGAAAACAUGACUCGCCACAGUCAGACUCCGGAAACAGUGACCUUGAACUGGGAUUCUAGGUCCCCCCAGUUCUGCAUGUAAUAUGUAUGGCCCUUUAAAAGGGAGGCGGGGCUGGGGCAGGAGAGCUCCCCAGUGUCAGCCCUGGGAUUUUCUAGUCUAAUCCAGUCCACAACCACAGAGAAAUCAAUUGACUGAUUCCUCUGACUUAUUUCAAGAAUUCCAAAGCUCUUGUCUCCUCCCAAGGCUCCCAUAAUCACAUAAUCAUGAGGGUAUUAGAGCUCAGGGUGGUGAACACAGCCCUCAGCUCCCCCACUGGGGUAGUGUCCUGUGAGGCUGUGAGGACAGGGAUAGCUCUGCUUUCCUCCCCUACAAACACAUAAACCUUCCCAAGGGCUGGCCCCAGGGUUUAUGAGAGUUUGUUCCAGAGGGGAGGCUAAGAGGAUUAGGCUGGAGGAAAUCACCCUAAAUAGAGCAAUUGGCCCCUCCCAAAAACAAAGGAGUGUCUCUCACAGCUGGUCCCUAAACCCACUGCCCUCUAAUCCAGCCCCAGGCCAGUCCCUGGAAGGCUGCCUGUUGGUGCAGAGGGGAAAGGAUAUGGGUGGGUGAGAAAGGCCUCCCCAUGUGUCUAUACACACAUACUCUCCAAACCAGAAACCUGAUCUCAUCUCUCUCAUCCUGUGAGAAGCAUCUUGGCACCAGUUCCCCAGCCCUCAGGAUGCCAUUUCUCCUAGGCCCUGUCUUUCUGUCUCAGGGGUUGUUUGAAAGAUUGAUUCCAAAAUGUCUCUCUUCCCAGACUUACCAUCAUCCAGUGUAAAACCUCUGGGGUCAGUCAGAUCAGAAAAUCCUACCUGAGGCCCAACUUCUUUUCAAUGAUUCUUCUGCUUCACGCUGGGGUCUGGGAGGAAGGGAGAGAAGAGAAAGAGAGAAGUCCACAGAUUUGCUCCAAUUCAGUCCAUAAAAUGACAUCUUAAUUAGGACACACAGGUGUCUCACUCAUUUGGUUGGUCCAUCCAAGUUUGCAGAACAAGCAAAGCCACAUUACUAGACAAGUUCAGGCAGCAGAUAAGCAAGGGUUCUGGGAUUAGAACCCAGAUGUCACGACUUCCGCCCCACCAGGCCCUGCCCCACAAUGAAAGUCCCCCUCCCCCAGCAAGGGAAGCCCAGAGUCCAGAAUGUUUCUCUACUUGCUUUGUUCUUUGUGCGAGUCUCCAUUGAUCUCAUUGGGAUGGAAUGGAAUCUGCCAGGUUCUCUCCUGCCCUGAACAUUCUUGCUGGUUCCUUGGCCUUCGAUAACAGCGAAGCUCCCACAAUCCCCCGUGCCCUCCCACCUUCCCCGUCUUGCUCCUCCAGUUAACUCUUGACUCCCUGAGUUCCUAAGUCACAGAGGCUUUCCCAAGAAUUCUGUUAACCCCCUCACUUGGCUCCCCAGUCUCUUGGGUGAUGGGUUUGCCUUCUAGAAAGUUCCAAAUCUUUUCAUUCAAAUUUCUCCUUUUUUCCAUUCUCCCACUCUGAAACUGUUUCAUAUACUCAGUCUUUUAUGCCAGUUCAGUCUUUCCUUCCUCUCAUCUCCCUGGCCUUGCCCUCUUCCUUAACUUACCUUUCUUCAUUCCUAAUUUCUUUUCCUUGGUCUUGCUAUACUCUCUAGUUGUAACGCCUACAGCUCUCAGUGAAAAAAUUUAAAGAAUGAGACAUUCAGAUCUUCUUUUUGCCUCAUUGGUUUAUCCUUCCCCUCCUGCCCCUGGGAGGUGAUGCCCCAGGACACGUAGCCAAGUGCUCCUACCCUGGUCUUCUGGAGGGAAACCAGAGAAGCUGCCCUGGCAGAGGUAUCUCGGCCAGGCCUGUCCCCCUAAGCCGCUGUCCCAGCCUGCCCUAGCCCAGAGGUUCCUACUCUGGCCAAAGUUCAUAUCCUUGAGGGCUCUUGGCCACUGUUCCACCCCACACCUGUCCUGCUUGUGUGUCACAGAUCUCCCUCUGUCCCAAAAUUCUGGAUGGCCUCAUGACUCCCCAAGUGUGAAGAAAUAUUCAUUCCAACAACCCUGCCACCAAAAGAUCCAUUUCUUCAGAUACCUUGCCUGCCACCAGCCAUCCAUCCCCCGACCCCAUCCACAGGCAACUGUGAACUUGACCCCAGGUAUUCUGAAAGGGCUGCUGGACCCUAGAAGGCACGGCUUUGGGAAGCGUUGACAUGUUACCUCCCGCAUACAUUCAUCCACCAUCUUCCCUAAACCUGGGAAACUUGCUCUGAAGUAUAUUCAAGGAAGCUUGUUGUGUUUUAAUGAAGUAUUUUUCAGGGUUCAGAUGCUAUUUUUUAUAAAUGCAGCAUUUUAAUGACAGAGUCAGUAUGAAAGAUAUGUCUUCCUGAGCUCUCUAUAUUUGAUUUCGGAAGGAAGCAUACUACAGGAGGAAAAAGCUCGGGGCCGAGUCUCUUGGAUACACUUCUGCCCUGGCUUUGUCUCCAUCUUGCCGUGUGACUGAGGACAAGCCCUAUUCUUGCUCAGUGCCUCAGUUUCCUGUAAAAUGAGGGGCUUUGAUUAGAUGAACUCUGAAGUUUCAUCCAGCUCUUACAUGUUAGGGCUUUCAUUAACCUUCUUUCUUCACCUUCCUCCCCCAUCCCAACUGAGCUGCAUGGUUCCCAUUAAGGCUGCCCCACGGUGACAACCUUAGAUGCCCUAGACAGCCACCAGACUCCUCACCGGAACCUGGAUGGGCCCAGGGUCUUGGCCACCUAGGGAUGCUCUCAUAUCUGAAGGUGUAAGGGCCUACCCAUUCAAUAGGUUACCCACCGUGUGUCAUGGAAGUCCUCACAUAUAGACACGCCUACUAAGUCAUCUAUGGUAUCUGUGUCAUUGGGAAAUUCUGAAUUUGAAAUUUUCACUUUGAUGUGGUUCUUAAAGCUGGAGGGAGGGAGUUCUGAUUUCAGAGAGAGGAUGGGCUAGAGGAGAAAGGUCCAGAGGUUGGCCUACAAGGGCAUGAUGUUUGUAUUUGAGAUCAGUGGGCACUGCAUUCCAAGCCACAGAGGAGCGUUCACGGCGGAGGCUCUGGGUGGCAAUGGAUGUCAUAUUCCCGUCCAGAACCUGGGUCCUGAAGACUGAGUUUGGAUACUGGGCUCCAUUCCAGCUGGAGGAAGGGAAGCAUCACCUCUGGGCUGCUAGGAGUUGGGCAUCCUAGUACCUCACUAGCCCCUCCGUGGGACACUGUUGUCCUCCCGGUGAAAGCUUGUGAAGCAAGAUUGAGAGUCCAAGUCAGUAUCAUCAAACCCAUCUUGUAAAUCAGCAAACGCAUCAACCUUCAUCCGUCAGAGAAAUGACAUUACAUGUUCCCUUCAUGUCCUCCUUCCUGAGCGAGAGGGAGAACCCUGCUCAACUUUGCUGCCCACUCCGCUGGGACCCUCGAGUGCCACUCCAUGGGAGGACUCAUUCAUGUGCUUCAUAGUGGCAAAUAUUCCUCUAGUUCUGUAACUCAACUAGACAUUUUGUAGUAAAGAAUUCUUGAAAUUCUCUAAUAAAAAGCAAUUCUUACUGUAAUAUUUUUAGUUUGGGGACACAAUUUCCUAAGGGGGGAUUAAUGAACAUUUUUACGCAUUACCCCAAUUUAUGGAUUCCGUGUUUAUUAUAUGGUAGCACUGAUGGAAGUACCUUUCUGUCUGUACCUUGCAGUUUCUUCAUCCCCAUCAGCAAGCUUCGUGAUGAGCAGUGCUCUCGUCACUGCUGCUCUGUACAAAUCUCAUCGUCCUACUUACCUGUCAAAGCACAUUCUAUAUGUACUGUAAACAGAUAUCACUUUAGUAAGAUUUAGUCGAGGAUUUUUCCACUUUUGUCAGUAACAUAUAUUUAUGGAUUAAAAAAAUAAAGCUGUUUCAACAUAA